UUUUCCCCGCGCGUGUUAAAUGUUUCGACUAUCGCAUGCGAUUUGUAAGCAGCGGCGUAUGCGUACUCGAUCGCAAUAAAUCGUUAUUAUUAUUAUUUAUCGUCAGCCGUAGGUACCGAUCGAGUGGUGUUUCGCUCGCGCAGUUUGACGGCGAAUUCGUCGUCGCCGAGUCGUUGUACGCGUAUCCGUUAUUAUAAAUCGUAAUAACAAACAAUCGCGUGGGUUUAUGCGAUAAUAAUUAUAUUAUACAUAUUUAAUUACCUACUACGUUAUUAUAAUUCAGUCGUCGUGUUCGUGCUUGUCAUAAUAUCGUUGUUAUUAUUAUCAGUUCACACUGUCGUUUACUCGUCGGCCCGCGUAUAAUGUGAUGUCAUUUUUAUUGUUGUGAAAGUUCACUCUACGCGAAAUCCGCCACCGCCACUGUGCCGAUCGCGGGUUACCGGCAUCGCGAGCAGGCGGUGGUCGGGUGGGCGACGUCGGACCGUAGGCGUGCGCUUUUUUUCUAAUUUUUUCGCGGCACCGGACCGACCUCCGUCGCCUCCGUCGACCACACCGGUUUUGGCACUCUGCGGCGUCCGACCACCGGACGAUUUCUCGUUAAAGUUACCAGCUGUCUGCAAACGUCUUUUACGAGUUACAACUAUCGUUUCAACCAGCGAAAACAAACGAAAAUCCUUCGAAAAAAAACUCCAGGACCAUCAGCGAUGUCGGUCUCGAGGUGUGUCGUCGUCCUGCUGUGGUGUUGCUGCGGGUUCGCGGCGGCUUUGUCGAACGAAAAAAACGCCACCAGAGGAGUGGACGAGUUCUUGACGUCCUUGACGCAAAUGAUCGGAACGGUUUUGAACACCGAUGCCAGAUAUUCGAGUGUGCUCGGGGAUGGAUCUCAGUCUGUUUUGGGUCGGCCCAAUCGUCCACCCGUCGCCGAUUACUUUGACACCGGUCGACCACCCUUUCUGGAGAGGCCCCAAGGUGGCAGACCAUACCCUCCACCGUACCCGGAAAACGGCAGACCGUACCCUCCACCAUACCCGGAAAACGGUGGACCAUACCCUUCACCGUACCCAGAAAACGGCGGACCGUAUCCUCCACCAUACCCUGGAAACGGUGGACCGUACCCUCCACCGCCAUUCCGCCCAAAUGGGCUCCGUCCCGGUGGUCUAGGUGGCGGCUACCUACAGCAGAACUCCGUCGUGCAGGCGCUGAGUUCCAUAUCGGAACACGACGACCUGAGGUGCGUGCCCAGACUGCUGUGCGAAGUGUCGUCCGGCACCAGACCCGGUUAUUACCAGCAAUCGGGUUACUACCAGCAACAACAACAACAACAGUCCUCCAUACCGUUCCUCACCAAAGACGCUCUGAUCACAUUGCUGACCGUGUUGAACUUCGUAGACGACUCACCGCUGCUCAUGUUCGGCCGGGCCGCGUUGUUGGGGUACAACGCCCGAGGAGAUUCCAAAUAUUGCACUACCGCGUAUCCAACCUGUCCCAGGGACCCCGACCAGCUGAUCAACUACCUGAACAACCACAACGGCGGUUUCUUCCGGUUCUUCAACCAACAACUACCGCAGUACGCUCCCCAGUAUGCCCCCUACCAACGUCCACCGUACCCACAACAGCCUCCGUACCCGGAGCAACCUCCAUAUCCGCAAAGACCUCCGUACUCGCAACGGCCUCCGUACCCGGAUCAGCAACAGAACUACGCUCCCCAAUACCCGAGGCCGCAACAGAACUUUGGCUACGGCUACAAGUCCCGAGUAGAUGACCAACAGAACCCGAGAAUACUUAGCGGGUCACCGGGCCAGUACUACGACGUGCCUUCGGUUAACGACUUGCAACUGGACGGUCCUAGGCCGGCGCCGAUGAAGUUUCCGUCUGCGAUCGAUCACGGCGGCGCCUCGAAUACGGUCUCACAGUUCACUUUCCCGUCCGACCACAACAGCGGUGGUGGAGGUGGCAGCGUUGGGGGUGGCAACCGGCAGGCGAAAAGAGUGAAAAUGAUUUUCCCCGACAGGACUGGCACUGGCGGACUCAGGGCCGACGUGGACAAGUACGGAAACUAUAAGGGCGUGUACUACGCCGACGGUGCGAUCAAGUUCGUUGAUGACGCCACCGCGAGCGGCGGUCGGCCGUCGACCAUCAGACUUCCGCAGCGGCGACCGGCCGAAGACUUCGACGUGCUCGGCAACAGGUUGCCCUACCAGAGGCGGCCCAAGUUUCAAUUCCCCAGGACUUCGGAAUAAUGCGGUGGUAUAAAUGCGGUUCAAUAUAGGGGCACCUCCCCGUUGCCAACAGUGUUUAACCCCUAUUUAAUAUUUAUACGAAAAACAAUUAUUUAUUUAAGUACAUUAUUAAUUACCUAAUGUAUUGUACAAUUUUAUAAGGACAAUAAAUUAUUAUUAGGUAUAAUAUAUAAUACACAAAAAUCGGAUAACACGAUAGUGCAUUUCAGACCCAUAAUAUUGGUAAUGUAUAUGCCUAUAUGGACGUAACUUCCGUCUCGUUCGUCAAAUAUCCAGAUGGUAGACCCUCAUUUUCAGAACGCUUUUCAUCCAAAUAUCCCACAAUAACAAUUCGUUAUUGUAAAUAUUAUUAAUAUUACAUUAUGAUAGUUCAUUACACUUACCUAUCUUUAUUUUCAGAGAAAUCUACACUCCCUGUAGGUACCCACACACGUCUGCUGUAAUAAUUUAUUCAAGUAUUGUGGUAUUAUAAUAGCCUUGUAUCCAUGUUACCAACCCUUUAAAUUAUUAUGUUACCACUCGCCACACGUAUAAUAUACGACAAUGUUUGUUGCUAA